UUUUCAUUGGCUCUAACGAUAUGGUAAUCAAAUGACAAGUUUUCGGUGGUAAAUCAUCAAUUUUUCCAAUCCAGCGAAGCAGCAAGCGAUGGGGAGAAGGGGAGCCGCAGGAGAUGCCGCCGAUGGAGACGACGAGGCGAAGAGGGAGGAGGAGGCGCUCGCAUGCAGCAGGCUCCUCGACCCGGGAUUCAAGCCCUCCAAGCUGUCCCAGUAUCAGCUCGACAAGUUCAAGGAAUUACACAAGAAACGGUUACAAAUAACAGAAAAGCCAAAGAAGAAAAGAAAAUGUAAAGGAAGCAAUGGGAGGAAUACCAAAGUAACUGAUGAUUAUAAAUUCACUGACAAGGAUGAAUCUUCUGAUAAUAUUCCAUCAGAUAUACAUCAUACAUCAUCAACUACAGGAAUCCAAGGGGAUCUUGCAUUAGCUCUGCCAUCAAAGAACAAAAGGAAGUUACAUUGGGGGCUUGAUGUUAAAGAACGAUGGGAAAGGAAAGCAAACAUGUGAAUCUCUAACGAUCAGUGAUGUUCUAACAGCGAACACAUACCCCUACUGCAGGUAAGUGAAAACAGAAGGACAAAGAAAAGGGUAGACUUUUUCACGGAAUCGUCGGGUUGUUGGCUGGGUUCAUGUUUGUCAGCGGGCAGAACACUGGAACGAGAAAAUUCUCAGAACUGGAGCAGCAAGUUAGUAUCUGAUUUUCAGAGUUUUGUCUGAUGUUUUCUCAAGAUAUCGUAGCUAGAUUUUGCUCUGUUGUACUAUUUGAUCCAAACUUGCAAGUACCUGCAUCUAGGCCUUCCCUUAAAUACCUGAGGCCCACUUAGGACUCAGAAUACUCCAAUCUUUGCAAGGCUUAUCAUAACCAUUGUGGGAAGCUCUUGAUUUGGCCAUUUUCCUUGUAAUUAUUGUAUGUCUUAGCACAAAUGUUGUCGUCAAGUUGUUUGAUAAUAUAAAUAUAAUUUAUCAUAUACUUUUUGCUACU